AGAGUUUGUAAUAAUAAUUUGUUGUCGAUUUUGAAUGUUUUAUCUUCCAGAAUUUUGUGCAGUAUUAAAACGUGGCUAACCAUAAGAUUGUUUUGAUUGGACAUUUUUUUAUGUAUUGUGCCAAUAAUUGUUAAUUGAAGUUGCUGUGUAUUGGCGGAUUAAAACAUAUCAAACAACUGCUGCACUGCAAGUUUGCAACCGCGCUUCGUUAGACUAUAUUUAUUGUUCCACAUCGUAUUUGCUGCAAAAUGGCCGGAAGAAUGCCUGCAUGCGUUAUCGACUGUGGAACGGGAUAUUCCAAGCUGGGGUAUGCUGGAAAUACCGAGCCACAGUUCAUUAUUCCAUCGGCGAUUGCCAUCAAGGAGAGCGCAAAAGUAGGCGAUCAGUCGCAGCGACGAUUGGGACGCGGAGUGGAAGAUCUGGACUUCUUCAUCGGAGAUGAAGCGCUGGAGCAGCCUUCGUACGCCGUCAAAUGGCCCAUUCGGCAUGGUAUCGUUGAUGACUGGGAUCUUAUGGAGCGAUUUUACGAGCAAUGCAUUUUCAAAUAUCUCCGAUGUGAACCAGAAGAUCACUAUAUGUUCCUGACGGAACCGCCGUUAAACACUCCAGAAAAUCGAGAAUUCACUGCUGAAAUUAUGUUCGAGACGUUUAAUGUUCCGGGAUUAUACAUCGCUGUUCAGGCAGUUUUGGCUUUGGCUGCUUCUUGGCUAUCGCGUCCUGUUGGUGAACGCACACUGACUGGAGUUGUUGUGGACAGUGGCGAUGGAGUUACUCAUGUUAUUCCUGUGGCGGAAGGCUAUGUUAUCGGCAGCUGCAUCAAGCACAUUCCGAUAGCUGGCCGGGACAUAACGUAUUUCAUUCAGUCUUUACUUCGAGAGCGGGAAACUAAAAUUCCUCCCGAGCAGAGCAUGGAAACUGCAAAAGCUAUAAAGGAGCGCUAUUCGUACAUUUGUCCUGACAUUGCUAAGGAGUUUGCGAAGUAUGAUCAGGAACCGUCUAAAUGGAUCAAACAGUACGACGGAGUGAAUAGUAUCACGAAGCAGCCUUUUUCUGUUGAUGUGGGAUAUGAACGGUUUUUGGGUCCAGAAAUCUUUUUCCAUCCAGAGUUUGCCAAUCCCGAUUUUAACACCCCGAUUUCUGAAGUAGUGGACGACGUCAUUCAAAAUUGUCCGAUUGAUGUUCGCCGGCCAUUAUACAAAAAUAUCGUUUUAUCGGGCGGUUCAACCAUGUUUCGCGAUUUCGGUCGUCGCAUGCAGCGGGACAUUAAACGCAAUGUCGAUUUACGGUUGAAUUUGAGUGCGCAGCUGAGCGGCGGAAGGAUAACGCCUAAACCCAUUGACGUUCAAGUCAUUAGUCACCAGAUGCAACGAUACGCUGUGUGGUUCGGUGGUAGUAUGCUGGCCUCAACGCCUGAGUUUUAUCAAGUCAGCCAUACAAAAGCGGAUUACGAGGAAUAUGGCCCGAGCAUUUGCCGUCACAACCCAGUGUUUGGAGUGAUGUCAUGAUCGACUGCAUCCAGACCAAUCGUUUGAUGCCUUUCUGUUUGUUUUACCUUUUUUUGUGUCCUGCUUGUUUUUUUGUACCGCCUAUCUUGUAUUUGUGACAGAUUCGUGCACUGCUUUCCUGGUGACAAACUGCGACAGCUUGUUCCAAAUUCGUUUUCUUUCUUGCAGUUGACUUGAUCAGUUUUUAUCAACUUAAGCUUUUUAUAUCCUGGUAGCAUACGGGUAUGUAAAUGCUGAAGUAACAGUUGAUCGCAUGCACAACAAAUAAAUAACAAAUCACU